CCUAGACAAAACUAAAACUUGUUUUUUAACUAUUUCUAGGUUCGUUAUGCAGAUCGCAGCAUAUCGUAAGUUUCAGUCCUUCACUCAUCUACCAGCAAUGUACAUAAGCAACUGCUUAAAAUUCAAAUACCUACCUACCUAUUAACAAAAUAUUUUUUCAGUUACUAAACCUGAGGACAAAAAGAAACUUUUAAAAUCAAGUCACGCAUACGGUUUCAACGAUGUUGAAUUUUCGUUUAGCGAAUUAAAUACAAAACAUGAAAUGUACUUACACCAUUGAAACGGAAGCGGCAUUGUAAGAUAUAAAAAUAUUGUUCAUAUUAAUGAGCAUUGAGAAGUCAAAAAUGAACAAUAAUGAAUCACCAUUAAGUCAAAAUGACGAGGAAUUUCUCGCGGGCGCUCAGUCUUAUUCUUCCGUUCCACGUGCUUCACGAACUCCUCUGCCAAAAUACGAAGAUAUAGAAACGAGAUUACAGAAUGAUCAGUGCUGCGCGUCAAGCAAUAGCAGACUAAGAAGGAAUAAUUCUACAUUUAAUAGGUUUAGUUGGAGUCAUUUGUUCUCCUUUCUGCCUGCGUGGAUGAAAAAUGCAAGUCCUACCGGUCCGACUGGUUUUGAUUCGGCCGCGGAAUCCAAGUCUAAAGUAAAUGUUCCAAACCAAAACACGACCCAUGUCCAGAUGUGCCAUAAAUGUACACCAGAGAGUCUGGGACAACAAUCACUAAAUCAUGAAUUUUCAUACAGAAAAUAUCCUAAAAAAUCUUCAUUCGAACGCAUUAUCUGCAUAAAAAAUUUUGAUGAUACCUCCACUAUCGAUCAAAGGGGUUGUUGUAACCCUAUGACUACGGGCACCGCCUCAUCAAGAUCUUGUAAUUCGAAACUAAUUCAAGUUGGAAUAGCUGAAGUGCCCGCACAUAGAACAAAGCGUAACGCAUGUAUAUGCAAGCAAGAAACACAGAAGCCGCCCGAACCAGAAAAUAGCUCUUGCCAACAGUCUCUAUCAGAAAAAGUGUGGGAAUAUUUACAGUCGUUGAUCUCCUCUCACCGAAACGAUUGUCCACGUUGUAAAAAUAAACGAGGCAACGAUGGGCGUUGCCCAAACCUAAAGCUAACCCCUCCAAGCUCACCAUGUGGAAGUCCUAGGCCACCUUGUCAGAAACCUGAACCAACAUGUCCGAACUACAAACCACCAUGUCCGAACUACAAACCACCAUGUCCUUACAAACCACCAUGUCUGCAAUCAAAACCGAAACCCAAGAGCUCAAACUCUGGUUCCUGCUGUAUCAAGCGUUCCACUGAUUCCAGUUUAUGCAAAGAGUCCGUAUUAGAGCUAGUUAAAGAAUAUGUUAAACAAAUUACAUCUGAACACAAAAAUACCUGUCCACUUUGCAGUCAACAGCCUAAAUGUUGCCAACCCACAGUACCGUCUUGUUUGCGAUACAUGCUGGAACAAGCCUGGGAUUAUAUUAAAAAGACUUGUGAAUAUAAUUUUAGUAACCCAGUUCCUCCUCCUCCUGCUCUCCCUCCUCCUACAGUGCCUCCUUGCCCGAAUCCGGGAAUUUUAAAAUAUACAACAUCUAAAUCGGCGUGUGGUUGCGGCAUCUCUAAACCAGACAGUGCAGACAAAAAGGCAACUCAAAAAUGUAUUUGUGCGUCGCCGCCAUUGCCGCCAAUGCCGCCAAAGCCGUGUAGAUCUGAGAUGGAGGAUACUCACGAACGUAGACCUUGCUGCACGCCAUGCUGCAGGCACAAUCCCCCAAGUAUACAGCCGUCGCAAUCAUAUAAUGGAUCCCAUGAUAAAUCUUCCUGUUUAUCUCAAUCAAAAGCCAAAAACCAAUCGAUAUAUUCAUAUAAUGACUUUCAAACAUAUAAUGACAUUCUAUCAUAUAAUGACCUUCAAUCAAAUAAUGACCUUCAAUCAAAUAAUGACCUUCAAUCAAAUAAUGACCUUCAAUGCUAUGAUGAUCCGUUUUGUAAAGUGAGUUUCAGUAGGUGCCCCUCUGCAAGUAUGUUAGAACGUGAAAUAAUUGGUUACCGGAGUAGCACCGAAUGUGGAAGAAAUAGGAAACGUUCAAACGGCAUGCAAGGUUUGAGCCUAACUAUGGCCCCAAAAGACCACAAAUUCUGCACUUCCCCCAAUGAUUGUAAACAUGCAAAAUCAGCUCUUGAGAAUACGGAAAAAGAGCAGGUUGACUGUGACGAGACUUGUUCAGGACCUUGCAAUGUUCCAAAAUGUUGUGAUAUUGAUAGUUCCGAGCAAGAAGCGCAGCCUCCUGUGCUAGAGUGUUCAGGAAGCUGCUCGGGACGGCAGUCGCAACACAAGACCGUGCUGAGGACAGAGCGCGAUGAGGAAGCCGAAUAUGAAGCCAUGCUCGAAAAAAAAUUUGCAGAAAUGGUUGCAAAAAAACUGGAGAAGGCACAAGAAGUUUGCGAUGAGGGAUGCGACUGCUUGACCUGUAUCGCAAGCGCUGUUACUUCUCACAGAGGUGGAUCGGAUAACCAGAAAGAUCCACACAACUACAGAUAUUAUUAUUGAGAUAAUUUGGCAAGAAGAUCAUAAGUAAUCCUCAAAAGCGAUUCCUACAUCUUUGGGCCGAUUGCUUACAUAUUUUAUAAUCUCAAUGAUUAAGAAAAACAGGUGGGAGAGUGCGUAAAACUUUCAAUUAAACCAA